CUCAUCUGGCCGUCUGAAAUACCGUAAUGGUGGAGAUGACUUUCAAGGUCAACGUCGCGCUAACCAUCGGCCUCGCCCUGGUCAAUCGAUCAAUCACCGGCGUGAUACCGCUGGACAGCGGCGCUCACCACGAUCAUCGCGUCUCGGUCGCCAGUUCGUACAUGCACUUCCACGGGCCGGUGGAGGGUCCGGAGUACGAGGUGAAAGUGCCGCACGUUGUCGUCGACCACUUCGCCGAGCACAAUUAUUUACACGGCCAGGACCAUCAGGAACAUCGCCAGCAUGACGGCUACACGGUCGAUUACGUGGGGAAUCCCAAGUACGACUUCUCGUAUGGUGUCGAGGAUCAUCAUACAGGCGACUUUCACGGCCAGAAGGAAUCCAGGGACGGAGGUAGCGUGUCUGGAGAAUAUAGCGUGAAAGAUCCAGGUGGCACUUUUCGGGUCGUCAGCUACCACGCGGACAAGGAGGGAUUUCACGCGGUGGUGCACACCUCCGGGAAAAACGAUCAUUCAGGCGGGGUAUACGGCGGUCAAGGACAAGAAACGGAAUCCCAAAGUCCCUUUCAUGAAUACGCCGCCGCGCUAUCCGCACACGCGGGAUAUUGAGUGACAUCAGCGAUGGCAAUUAUGACUGAUCGUUUUCGCGCGCGUACCUGGUAUAAUUAAAUUCUUCCUCCUAGAUUGUCAAUAUUGAUGCGUGUCCAUUUUGUAUACCAAAGGCAACAACAUGCUAUCCGUUCGAUAUUAUAAAUACGCAGAAAUAACGCACCGUUGUAAAUAUUGUUUAUCCUCUCCAAUAUACGAUACAAGCUCAAUAAAAGGUACAUAAUUAUUUUGCUUAUAUUAUACAUGAAAGUUAUUGAUAAAACGUGAUAAACAUAUAAACUGCGCAUAAAUAAGGAUUUAUGCAAAGCUAAUAGAAUU